CGCCCUGACCUUUCACCCCUGCGGGGUCAGAGGGCGCCACGUGACAGACAGCACGGCCGUCGGGACUCGGAACGGGAGAGAGUGUGAAGAAACAACUUUAGUGUUAGUGUGCUGCAAAAGUGCAUGAUUUUUUGAAUGGAUAGUUAAUCCAGCAAAUUCUGACCAAGAGCCGCCGUCAAUGCGCAGGGGCAGAAACUAGGACCGGGAUGCCCGGUUUGGACGCAUGCGCAAUGUCGCCGGUUAUUGUUGGAGCCGUAGGAAGGCCAGGAAAGGACAGACUGGAUAGAUAAGAUAUUGGUGAGUGUGGGGUCUGGACACUGCACUAAUUUCUUCCUGAGGCACAAUUCCAUCUGUAUCGGAAGCCCCCCUGUACCUUGUGCAAGUGUUGACUACUUAGGAUAGUAAAACAGCAGAAGAAACAGUAGGAGCAAGAAAGAUUGAAUUAUGGCCAUCUUUGAUACCCCAAAAGAAGCUUUUGGUGCCUUGCGCCCAAUUUGCAUUCAGAUAACAAAGGAGCAGACGGUCAAUAAUAUACAGUGCCUUCAAUCUCAACUUCAGAAGGUUGGAGAUGCUGCUUUACAGGAAUUACAGGAGUAUGUCUUGUUUCCACUCAGAUUUUCAUUGAAGACACCUGGUCUGAAACAAGAAAGAUUUGUCCAGAGUGUAGUGGAGUGCAUUCAUUUUAUUAUUUCCAGAACAUGUGUGCGGAAUCAGCAACAACUGUGUGACCUCUUUUCUGAACUUUCCCUUUGCUUGUCCUCCCCGAGCAACCAUGGAAAGCUGGCCAUUAUCUCAGAGGAACUUAAAAUGGCUGUUGUCCAAGGACUCAUUGCCCUGCUUCAUUCAGCAUAUGGUGACAUUGUGCUAAGCCUGUACCAGCCAGACAUGCUUCCUUCUCAAGGGUUUGUUAUCUCACUGCUUCUAGACAUAGCUGAACAUGAAAAAUCAAGACAGCUCCAAGUUCUUGCCCUGAAGUGUUUGCUGGUCCUGAUUUUACAGUGUGAUUGCCCAGAUACGCACUGUUCUUUUGACAACAACGGCCUCCUUCAAGUUGGAAAUUCAUUUGCCUCAUUUUUGCCUGGGAUCACUUUAGGAAUGACACGCAUUAUCUCUGGAGAUGUUAAACAGGGUCACUUAGUUACAACCAAUGCCAUCAAGGUUUGGUACAAGGUGGUGGGCUUAGUCAUGGCCAAUGACCAAGUGUCCAAAAACCAUCAUGACAACAAAAUGCUCUUUGCAGAGGAGAGUAAGCUUGCUGAGCUUGUAAUCUGCAGAAAACCAGAAUGGGUGAACAACACUGCAAGCAAGUUGGAUAUACUGUUACAGAAACUCUGCAGCUGUGCUGCUGGUAACUCACAUUGGAAAGUAAGGUUGGAAUUGGUUGAACUAGUUUACGAUUUGCUAUCUUACUGUAACAAAUCACUGAAACAAUCCAUUGGCCAUUUGCUGGAAGUUCUAGUAGGGCUUGUGGGUGAUGAGAGACCCGAGGUGCAAACCAGAUGUAGUCAAGUUUUGAAAAACAUCUCUGAGUUGUGUGUGAUGUGUGAGAACAAAGAUUUCACGGAUGUGCUCUCAGAAAACUUGCACACACUCACAACUGCUCUUCCAAGACUCAUGAGAACACUGGAUGACCAGAGUAAAUUGAAAUCCUUGGGCUUGCUGCUUGGCUACUUAAAAUUAUUAGGACGUAAAGUCAGUGUUGUUUUAAAUUCAACUGUUCACCUUGGGCGUCUUUCAAAAGCGUUGAUGCAAAUCCUAGAGCUGGAUGUCACAGAUGUGAGAAUUGUGGAAGAACGGCAUUUGAAUUCUGAAACCAAGGAUCUGCAACACCUAACACAUCCUUCAUCUGGCUGGGAUCACUUAAAAACAUGGAUGAAGCCCGCUGCACAGAGAAAAUAUUUCAAGUAUUUUAUGGAAGAAUGUAUAUUUGUAUUACUCCAGCAGAUUUGCAGAGUUUUAGGUUACUAUGGCAAUCUCUACCUGCUCGUGGAUCAUUUCAUGGAUUUCUACCAACAGUCAGUAGUGUACAGGAAACAGGCUGCGAUAGUGAUUAAUGAACUGUUGCUAGGGGCUGCAGGGUUAGAUGUGGAUGUUCUGCAUGAAAGAGAAACUCUGGUUAGCACAGAUGACCUCAAGGCAACAGUGACUUCCAUUAUCGAGGAGUACACAAGCAUGGCUAACUGGCAUUUGGUAACAAGUAUUGAGUCAGAAUAUGAGACUGGCCUCAAUAUAAACCAGCCAAAAUUUCUGGAUUUUACUAGGGGAUCGCAUAGUAGCUACCUGUACUCAAGUCAAAGUCUAACUGUUCACACGAUGAAUAGUAAUAUCUGGCAAAUCUGCAUCCAGCUUGAAGGAAUUGGUUAUUUUGCUCAUGUGCUAAAUAAGGAAUUCCGCUUGCUUUUAAUGGUAUCUCUUUACCCAGUGAUAGAAAAAGUUGGAGCUGAGACUCUGCUUGUUAGUCAAAUGGCCACAAGGACAUUAGUAGAUCUUUGCCAAGCCUGUGGUUAUGAUUCACUUCAGGAAUUGAUAAAUCAGAACUCUGACUAUCUAGUGAACACAAUUUCCCUCAACUUGAGAAGCUUAACUCAACACCCUCACACACCGCGUGUUAUUAGUGUCAUGUUCAGCUAUUCCGAUGCCAGCCUCCUGCCUUUAGUUGAUGAUGUGGUUCAGGAUAUACUGCUGUCUCUUGAUCAUUACUACAAUGAAAAAGCUCAGCAAAUUUUCACUGUCCUCCAUUCACUGAUGUCAGCUUUAGCUCACUGGUUUCCACCUAAGGAUCCAGUUCAGAAAAAAGAAAAACCUCAAGAUAAAGCCUGCAGGUCUGGUGUCACAGCAGAUGAGAUCCAGUGUUUUUUCAAGGAAUAUCAGAAGCAGAAACACCUGGCUGAAGGGGAUAUUAAAGAUAUCGAUCUGGACAAAACAGAAGAUGACAUCCCUGAUCAAAUGGAACCCUACAUCAGCUCCGACCACCCCAAUGUGAAAAAGGAGCUGCCUGCUCAUAUCCAAAUUGCCAAAGAUGUGAUGGAGCGAUGUAUUCACCUCCUGUCAGACAAAAGCGUUAAAUUGCGGCUAAAGGUGUUGGAUGUUUUGGAAUUAUGUGUGGUUGUUCUUCAGUGUAAUGUGAAUGAGCUGCUUCCAAUGGUACACCGGUUGUGGAGUCCUCUUGUGCAGAGAUUGACAAGUGAUGAUCCCCUUGUGAUCCUCAGGGCAUUCAAGGUGCUGUGUAAGUUGGCAGACGGAUCUGGUGAUUUCCUGAGGAGCAGAGUUUCUAAAGACAUUUUGCCAAAGGUGACCAGAUCUUUAGUAAGCCAAGCCCCAGUCAGUACAAAGGCUGGGCCCAUUUACAGCCACACACUCUCUUACAAACUACAGUUGGCUGAACUUCAGGGUCUUGGAAAACUCUGUGAAAAACUGGACCUUGGUGAGACUGACCUGGAUAUGGUGGCAAGCACCUGCUUACCAUACCUGAGCAGUAGGCAGCCUCUGAAACUCCAGGAUGCAGCUUGCAGUGUUUUUUACCAUCUAAAUGAAGUUGAUCCUGAUGCCACCUGGCUCAUUUUGAAUGAAGUUUAUUGUCCAAAUGUCUACAAUCCACCACACUCCAGCCUCCCAGCAAUACAAUUGACUGGAAUGGGAAAGCAAAGGAAUGAAUUCACUGAUAAUGUUCUUCGACUUCUGCAAGAGUUUGAAUGAGUCAGGAAUUUGUGGUACUUGGCAGUACUAUGCAAUACCUAAAACUCCUCAUAUGUAGACUGCCAACAUCAGUGUUGGUGCAGGGAAUGUGUAAGCUGAGGGAAAGCAUUCGGCUGAAGGGAUGUAAAAUCCUUUUUGGUGUACCUUAUACCAGUUUCUGUGGCUUGUUACACAGCAGCAUUGUCAAAGGUCGGGACAUUUACCUUUUGACCACAGGUAGUGCAUGACGGAGGCCAAAAACAUAUAGAUGAUAGAAGUAUCAUAAGGGGGUGUCUUAGACAUUAGAACGAAUGCCACAAACAUCUUGUAUGGAUUGGUUUCAACAACUAGUAGCUGGGCCUGUAACAUGUUAUGACUUCUUUCCUUGCUGCCUCCAAUCUUUCCUCUAUUAAGCUGUCCAACUGUGACUGGCUGAGAGGAUAGUGGGGCAGUCACACAGCAACCAUGUUAUUGGCUAGCAAGUGUGGUGAGAUUCCCAGAUUGUUCUAACCGUUUCUGUCUCUUUGUGUUAUUUUGCAUUCAGAACCUACAAGGGUCUUUUGUUCAUCAGCCUUGAAUAGAUUUAAGUUUUACAACAGCUGCACCAAUUUUAGGGUGAUUACUUAACAGUGUUGUCUAAGGGGCUACUAAAUAUAAUCGGCUCUGUACUUCUGGUGUUACAGCCGAUCAAUAUUUGUUACACCUGAGAAACCUUAGUAAUAAAUCCAAAGGAUUUUCAACUUGCUAAUGAAAAUCUAAUAGUUUGAUAUUUAUGGGCUGAUAACUAGUUUCUAGAAUGUUCAUCUUCAAAAUUCUGAGGAGGAAGUAUUUGGUACCUGAGAAAUGUAGCAGGUCAAGUUUUGAAUUAUGAGUGAUCAUGGGUUAAGUUUUAUAGACAGCCUCACUUAUGUUACAAGUUUCAGGUCCUCCUUGUCGCAGGUACAGCAGUGCUGCUCACUCCGGUAAGAGCUCAGAGCGUCUUAAACUAUGCACAUAAUGCCUGUUGGCUAAUUGCACAACAGUGUAACCCAGCAAUGUAACAGCAGCUCCCCCUUCUGAUUAGAACGAGCUAUUUUUUCUUUAUUACCUGUACUUAUAUAUUUUUUGAAAUACUGAUGAGACAAAACCAGAUACAAAUCAUUAAGCUGCUGUCAUCACACAGGCAGCAAGUUAGGAUAACAGUAAAUGCAAAUUCUGCUUACUUUGCUGAGUCCCACUUCUUUCCUAGAGAAAUGGGGAGGGAUUAUAUAGCAAACCAUACUUCUGCACUGUCUUUGCAGGAUAACAUUUUUUUUUCUCAUUGCUUUUCUUUUUAUAAAACUUUUAACUGCAAAAACUGACAUCUUCCAACUUGGCUUUCAACUCCAAGCCUCCAGACCUACACAUCUCUGUCUUUUACUGCCCCCACCACCCUCAAAAAAUAUGAAAGGUGCUAUAUAAAUGCAAGUCUUUUUCUUCUUUCCAUUCCCCCUUCAUCCACUACCUGAGCCUUUAGCAGUAUAAGAGAAUGAAGAGCAUGUCCACUUGUGAAUGCCAGCAUAACUUCCAAUAUAUUAAACUUUUUACUGGAUUUGGACAAAAGCUGACGCCUUUUUCAUGUGAUCUGCUAGAUAUUAUUCCAACGCCUGCUCAUAAAUGUGUAAUUGGCCACCUUUUGGAUCAUUUUAAAAUGCUUCAAUUAAAUUCUGACUGAACUGUA